AGGCCGGGCGGGCGCGCGGGGUGCGGGCCGCGGGCUGGAGACUCCGCGGGAGCGCGGCCGGGCGGCCACGGCCCCGAGCGGGCCCCGCGCCUCCUGAGCCGACCUGGCUCUCGGCGGAGGACCGAGCGUGGGCUUCUUCCUCCAGCCAGGGAAAGCAGAGAGUAUGAAAGCCUAUCUAAAGAGCGCAGAAGGCUUUUUUGUCCUGAAUAAAAGUACUACUAUUGGCACACAUGAGGACUCAGACCUUGUGUUAGAGUCUCCUGACAUUGACAACCAUCACGCGCUCAUUGAAUAUAAUGAAGCCGAGGGCAGCUUUGUGCUCCAAGACUUCAACUCCCGCAACGGCACCUUCGUCAACGAGUGCCACAUUCAGAACGUGGCCGUGAAGCUGUUACCCGGAGACAUCCUGAGGUUCGGGUCCGGAGGGCUCACCUACGAACUGGUCAUCGAAAACCCACCCUCGGUUUCCUUCCCUUGGAUGAGGGGCCCAGCGCCUUGGCCAAGGCCCCAGCCACCUCGGGCCACACAGCAGCCGAACCAGUCACCCUCGCCACCACAGAUGCCUUUCUACCCGGGCAUCCGGCUGGCACCAGUGCAGAGGAGCUGGUCCCAGGGCUUCCCCAGGCCCACCGUGGUCCCACCUGCCUCCCACAAGCGGCCCGUGAGUGCUGGCGGGAAGAUGUUCUCCUUCAGGGUGGAUGGCGCCCACAGGUCCCCCAUCCUCAAGCAAGUGUGGACCAACGCCGUGGAACUGUCAGAACCAUCCGUGGCUGAGGGAAUUUCCGGGGCAGGACCCUCCCGGGAGAUUUACAUGGACCAGGACCUGGCCCAGGAGGAUAAGGACGAAAUCAUUCUGCUGCUGGGAAAAGAGGUCAGCCGUCUCUCGGAUUGCGAGCUUCAAUCCAAGUACAAAGACUCUGUGAUUGCAAGCCUGCAGCACGAAGUGGCCAACCUGAGUCAGAAGCUGUCGGAGACGAGCACGUCCAGGCAGAGCGAGAGGAUGAUGUCGCAGAAGUUCCAGGUUCUGGAUGAAGACAUCGACUCCCAGCAGAGAGAGAUCCAGAGCUUGAAAAGCCAGAUCAGUGCUCUGCAGAAAGGCUACAGCCAGGUGCUGUGCCAGAGCCUGUCCGAGAGGAACUCAGAAAUCACGACCCUGAAGAGCGAGGGUGAGAACUUAAGGAGAGACAACGCCAUCUCGUCAGGGAUGGUGUCAUCUUUGCAAAAGGACGUGUUAGCAAAGGAUGAGCAAGUUCAACAACUAAAACAGGAGGUGAAUCAACUAAAGAGUGAGAACAAAGAAAAGAAUUACCAGCUUGAAGCCCUCAGCUCCAGAUGCUCAGUGCUGAAAGAAGAGUUAAAAAAGGAAGAUGCCCAGAAGGAGCACCGGGAUGCCCAAGAGAAAGAGUUAAAACUCUGCAAAACUCAAAUCCAAGAGAUGGAGCAAGAAAUGAAGAAGCUCAGGGAGGAGCUGAAGAAGAGCUUUACUGAGCAGAGCAUGAUCUCUAAGACACUUCGAGAAAAGAGCAAGGUUGAAGAGAAGCUUCAGGAGGAUUCCAGAAGGAAAUUGCUUCAGCUGCAAGAAAUGGGGAACAGAGAGAACCUCAUUAAAGUCAAUUUGGAAAGGGCAGUAGGUCAGCUGGAGCAUUUCAGAAGUCAAGUCAUCAAGGCCACCUAUGGACGAGCGAAGCCGUUCCAGGACAAACCCCUCACCGAUCAACAGGUAAUAGAGAAGAUUACCCAGGUCACUGAGGACAACAUCAACUUUCAGCAGAAAAGGUGGAGCCUGCAGAAGGAGACUCAGCUCAGCAACUGCAAGCAGGAGGAGAUCACCGAGAACCUGGGGAAGCUGAAGAAGUCCUUAGACGGCUGCCAGGCUUGCAUGAAAAUGUCCUGCAGCAGCAAGGACCUGAAGAAGGAGGUCGCCCUUCUCGAGCACCUUCAGGUGAGCCCGCCUGUUUCAGGGCUCCAGAAGGUGGCGCUGGACAUCCUGCGCCUGUCGCUGUCCUGGCUGGAGGAAACGGAGAGUCUCCUCGGGGACGUGGGGAUCCAGUUUUCCAGCUCCGACAAAGGAUUGUCUUUGUAUCUGAAAUAUCUUCUGGAACAUUAUAAAAAAAUUACCAGCCAGACCCAGGAACUCCAGAUCAAGAUCAGCAGUUCUCAGGAAGCUCAGCAGUCUUUGCUGCAAGAAAAGCUGCGGGAGCAUCUGGCAGAGAAGGAGAAGCUGAAGGAGGAAAGGCUACAGCAAGAGGAGAAGCUGAAAGCCAGAGUCAAGCAGCUGAUGGAGGAGAAGGCGGCUUUGGAGGAAAGCAUUACUCAACAGAAAAGGAGAGCAAGGGAAGCUUUGGAAGAACAACAGACCAGAGUCCAAGAGCUGGAGAACCGCUUAACCCGGCAGAAGGAGGUUUUGGAGAGCAGCAUGGCCCACGAGAAAAGAAAAGCGAAGGAAGCCUUAGAGACAGAGAAGAGAAAAGUUCAAGAUCUGGAGAACCAUUUAACCCAACAGAAGGAGAUCUCAGAGAACAGCAUCGCCUAUGAGAGACACAGAGCGAAGGAGGCCAUAGAGAAGGAAAAGAAAAAGGUACAAGAUCUGGAGAACCGCAUAACCAAGCAGAAAGAGGAAAUAGAUUUAAAAGAGCAGAAAGAAGACGUUUUAACUAAUAAAUUAAACAAUGCACUGGCCGUGGUAGAAGAGACUCAGAAAACAAAGAUGGCGGAAAGUCUGAAAGCAGAGAGCCUGGCCAUGAAGCUGAACGAGGCCUUAGCUGAACUGGAAAUGGCUAAGACAAAAGUGAUCAUGAUGGGGGAGCAGCUGCAGCUGCAACAGCAGACAGUAAAGGCGCUCCAGGAGGAACAGGAAUCACAGAAACACGGAUUUGAAGACGAAAUCAUGGAAUACAAGGAGCAGAUCAAACAGCACUCUGAGACGAUCGUGAGCCUGGAGGAAAGACUCCAAAAAGUGACCGAACACCACAAUAAAAUAGAAGGAGAGAUUGCAAAUUUGAAGGACAACGAUCCAGCCCAAGAGAAGGAAACACAGCAAGACCCUCCAGCAGGGCCUCCGUUGGAGAGUGGUGCCAAAGACACAGUGUGUGACCACUUGAUGCACCACGGAGACGGAGUUGAACUGACUGCGCCUGUGUUUGUGAAUUUCAGAGGGGACUUAUUGACUGCUCAGAAGGAAAUCCUGUCUCAGCAGGAGGUCAUCGUGAAGUUACGGGAAAACCUUACGGAAGCCCACAGCCGAAUGACAGAUCUGAGAGGGGAGCUUAAUGAGAAGCAGAAGAUGGAGCUGGAGCGGAACGUGGCGCUGGUCCAGCGACAAAGCAGAGAGCUGAGUGUGCUCAAGGAAAAGAUGGCGCAGAUGACCAGCCUGGUGGAAAAGAAGGACAGGGAGCUGGAAGUCCUCAAGGAGGCGCUCAGGGUCUCCCAAGAGAAACACAAACUCCAGCAGCACAGGGAGAAGGAACAGAAGCCCAGGAAUGUGAACCAGACGUGUGACAUCUCGGUGCAGAUAGAACCAAUCCACACUGACAUUCUCUUGAGCAGCCAAGAGGAGCUGUCCUUCAGUGACCUGGGGGCCAAGUGCAAGGGGUCCCGACACGAGGAAGUCAUUCAGCGUCAGAAAAAGGCCUUAUCUGAACUCCGUGCUCGAAUUAAAGAACUCGAGAAGGCCUGCUCAUCCAAUCGUAAAGACCACCUGAAUGAACCAUUUCUAGACUUACAGGCUCUCAGGAUGGAAAAAAAUGUCCAGAAAAUAUUGGAUGCAAAAUCUGAUUUGCCAACUCUCUCAAAAAUAGAGAUCCGAGCGCCUCAAAAUGGCCCUUCCAACUCAGGGUCCAUCCUGACCACCGAGAAGGCAGAGAAAAUGGAGGUGGCUGAGGCUUUAGAUCUCAGUGAAAAGCUGUACAUGGAUAUGAGCAAGACGCUCGGGAGUCUGAUGAACAUCAAAGAUAUGUCAGGUCACGUGUCCAUGAAGCACCUCUCCCCAAAAGAGAGGGAGAAAGUCAACCAGCUUCGACAAAGGGACCUCGAUCUCGUGUUUGAUAAGAUCACGCAACUCAAGAACCGGCUGGAGAGAAAAGAGGAGCUUCUGCGAGGAUACGAAAAAGACAUCGAACAGCUCAGGCAGAGCAAAGUGUCCGUUCAGAUGUACCAGUCACAGGUGGCAAAGCUGGAGGACAACAUCCACAAAGAAGUGGAGGAAAAGGCGCUGCUGAAGGAGGCCCUGGAGCGCAUGGAGCACCAGCUGCACGAGGAGAAGAGGCUCAACAAGGCCAUCAGGCAGCAGAAGGAACGUUUAGAGGAUCACGAACAGAGAAAUGCAAAAGAAUCAACACCUUGCAACUGUUCCUUCAAAGAGAAAGAGAGGCAGAGGCGAGUGUUUGUAGAGACGGUGAAGAACAAGGUGCAGAACUCAAAUUUCCAGGUUGCAGUCAGAAAAGCCACCCCAAAGAUGGACCAAGAAAGAGAGAUGUUGAAGAGAGAAGCAUCCGCCAGAUGCAGCCAGAACCUUCUGUUUUCCAAGCCUGGCGGAAAGAACUAGAAAUGUCAUCCCACUGGGCCUUACGUGAUCCUCCAUGUGUCAGUGUGACUCUUCUGUGUCAAAAUACUAAGAGCCUUUCGUAGGACUUUAAAGCUUGUUACCCUACUGUGUUGCUUCCUAGACUGGUAUUUUGCACAAUGCUGUAUUUUGGAGUGUGGGGAGCCGGGUUCUUUUAAAAAUACCCACGAAUGUAUAUAUACUCAGGCAUAUGAAGAAUAUAAGUUUGAAACCCAGACAGCUAGGCCUGGUGGAUACAAUUAUGUGGCUCCACGUUUGAGUCGUGAUGUACCCAAACGUCACCCCUCCAAGGAGCUCCAAGAAACCCACAGCUAAGAAACCUGGGACACAUAUGCGGCCACGGGGCAGAAUGGUAACCUCAGGGCUCUUGGGGCCAUCGGAUAGUCCAUUUAUGUCUGAGGUUAUUAUAAUAAAUUUAGGACAAUCUGUUUUAUCACUUCCAUAAUAAUGACUAACAUUUAUAUGGCACUCUGCAGUUUUCAAAACAUGUCUCAUCUAACACUCCCCCAGGCCCUGGGAGGUAAAUAGUAUUAUGUUCCCCAUUUUGCAGAUGAGGAUACUGAGGCCCAGAGAGGUUAAACGGCCUGUCUAAAAUCACACAGCUAAUGAUUUCAAGAGUUGUGUCUGAAACCCAAGUUUCUAACGCCGUCUCAUACUGCCCAUUCUGCUACGCAGUAGCUCAGGUCCCGGGCCCUGAGGAGAGACGAAGUACCCAGUAACCAAAGAGCACACGCUGCCCGGGGGGACACACCUCAUGUUCAUGGUCUUUGGAGAGACCCCUAUUUUCCUUGCUGUGCCCUCUGUUUCUCUCAUGUUUCGUUGUCUCUCCAUCCACCCGUCCUCUCUCUGCCCUUCUUGCAUGGCCAGGACCACCAAAUGAAACGGGAGGAAGAGCCAGAAGUCAUGAAUAGCAUUUAUUUUUUUAUUUUUAAAAAGUCACAAUAAAAAUAUUUUGAUAUUUUAAAA